AUGAAUACACUGAUCGAUAAGUUCUUUUCCUUUUCCUUUUAUUUCUUUUUCUCAUUUCUUUUCCUUUUCCUUUUUAUUUCUUUUCUCUCAUUUCUUUUCCUUUUUAUUUCUUUUCUCUCAUUUCUUUUCCUUUUCCUUUUUAUUUCUUUUCUCUCAUUUCUUUUCCUUUUUAUUUCUUUUCUCUCAUUUCUUUUCCUUUUAUUUCUUUUUCUCAUUUCUUUUCCUUUUCCUUUUAUUUCUUUUCUCUCAUUUUUCUUUUCCUUUUUUAUAUCUUUUUCUCUCAUUUCUUUUCCUUUUCCUUUUUAUUUCUUUUCUCUCAUUUCUUUUCCUUUUCCUUUUUAUUUCUUUUUCUCUCAUUUCUUUUCCUUUUAUUUCUUUUCUCUCAUUUCUUUUCCUUUUCCUUUUUAUUUCUUUUCUCUCAUUUCUUUUCCUUUUUCCUUUUAUUUCUUUUCUCUCAUUUCUUAUCCUUUUUAUUUAUUUUUCUCUCAUUUCUUUUCCUUUUCCUUUUUAUUUCUUUUCUCUCAUUUCUUUUCCUUUUUAUUUCUUUUCUCUCAUUUCUUUUCUUUUCCUUUUUUUCUUUUCUCUCAUUUCUUUUCCUUUUUAUUUCUUUUCUCUCAUUUCUUUUCCUUUUCCUUUUUAUUUCUUUUCUCUCAUUUCAUUUCCUUUUUAUUUCUUUUCUCUCAUUUCUUUUCCUUUUUAUUUCUUUUCUCUCAUUUCUUUUCCUUUUUAUUUCUUUUCUCUCAUUUCUUUUCCUUUUCCUUUUAUUUCUUUUCUCUCAUUUCUUUUUCUUUUUAUAUCUUUUCUCUCAUUUUUUUCCUUUUCCUUUUUAUUUCUUUUUCUCAUUUCUUUUCCUUUUCCUUUUUAUUUCUUUCUCUCAUUUCUUUUCCUUUUUAUUUCUUUUCUCUCAUUUCUUUUCCUUUUCCUUUUUAUUUCUUUCUCUCAUUUCUUUUCCUUUUCCUUUUUUUUUUCUUUUCUCUCAUUUCUUAUCCUUUUUAUUUAUUUUCUCUCAUUUCUUUUCCUUUUCCUUUUUAUUUCUUUUCUCUCAUUUCUUUUCCUUUUUAUUUCUUUUCUCUCAUUUCUUUUCCUUUUCCUUUUUAUUUCUUUUCUCUCAUUUCUUUUCCUUUUUAUUUCUUUUCUCUCAUUUCUUUUCCUUUUCCUUUUUAUUUCUUUUCUCUCAUUUCAUUUCCUUUUUAUUUCUUUUCUCUCAUUUCUUUUCCUUUUCCUUUUUAUUUCUUUUCUCUCAUUUCUUUUCCUUUUCCUUUUUAUUUCUUUUCUCUCAUUUCUUUUCCUUUUUAUUUCUUUUCUCUCAUUUCUUUUCCUUUUCCUUUUUAUUUCUUUUCUCCCAUUACUUUUUCUUUUUAUUUCUUUUCUCUCAUUUCUUUUCCUUUUCCUUUUUGGUUGAUAAGCCGUAAAAACAAAUCAACUUUUCCUUUUAUUUUUCUUGAUUUUUCUUUUUCUUUUGUAUUCUUCCUUGUCAUUCGUUUUCUGUUUUCGACUUUCUUUUUUAUUCCUUUUCUUUUUUUUUCUUUCAAUUUCUUUCUUUUUCAUUUCCGUUUUUUUUUUUUUUCUUUCAAUUUCUUUCUUUUUCAUUUCCUUUUCUUUUUUUUUCUUUCAAUUUUUUUCUUUUUUCAUUUCCGUUUCUUUUUUUUUUUUCUUUCAAUUUCUUUCUUUUUUCAUUUCCGUUUUUUUUUUUCUUUCAAUUUCUUUCUUUUUCAUUUCCGUUUCUUUUUUUUUUCUUUCAAUUUCUUUCUUUUUCAUUUCCGUUUCUUUUUUUUUUCUUUCAAUUUCUUUCUUUUUCAUUUCCGUUUCUUUUUUCAUAUUGUCAUUUUCUCUUUUUUCUUUCCUCUCCUUUCCUUUUUUAUUCUUUUUUCCUUUCCUUCCCUUUUUCUUUCAUUUUUUUUAUUUCCUUCGCUCAGAUUUCAUUUGUUUCUUUUCUUUGACAUUUAUAAUUUGGCGAGUUUGCCCUCUUCGACGUGGUGCAAUGGUUGGCAUCCUGAGCGCUCCAUGCUUUCAGCCUUGUGCCACAUCUAA